AUGACAACCUUAACCAUACCUCCUACGAUACCAUCCCCUCGUGAAGAUGCUAAAAAGUUGCACAAAGCUUUCAAAGGUCUUGGGUGUGACACAACAAGGGUUAUUCAAAUCCUUGCUCACAGGAAUUCAGAACAACGUUCCCUUAUUCAACAAGAGUAUGAAACUACCUAUUCUGAACCACUUUCCAAACGUUUAUCUUCAGAGAUUCGUGGCCAUCUCAAGAAAGCAUUGUUACUUUGGUUGCAUGAUCCACCAACAAGAGAUGCUAAAAUAACAAGGAGUGCAUUAACUUCAUCGGUUGUUGAUAAUCAAGCAACUACAGAAAUAAUAUGUUCUCGUACACCAUCACAAUUAAGGAGAUUAAAAGAAGUUUAUCUCUCAAAUUAUCAUUCUCCUCUUGAGCGUGACAUUGAAAAUCAAACUAGUGGUGAUCAUAAGAAGUUGUUGCUUGGAUAUAUAACUACACCACGUUAUGAAGGCCCAGAAUUUGAUCAUCUAAUGGUAGAAGAAGAUGCUAAACAACUAUAUAAAUCUGGGGAGAAGAAAAUAGGAACUGAUGAGAAAACGUUUAUAAGAAUCUUUACUGAAAGAAGUACUACACAUUUAGCUGCAGUUAGUUCUGCAUACACUGCCUCAUUUGGAAACUCAUUAGAUAAGGCAAUAAAGAGUGAAACAUCUGGAUCUUUUAUGCGAGGUUUAUUGACCAUACUUAGAUGUGCAACUGACUCUAACAUGUACUUUGCUAAGCUUUUGCGCAAGUCAAUGAAGGGCAUUGGAACUGAUGAUCGUAGACUAAUUAGGGUAAUUGUGACAAGGACUGAGAUUGACAUGGUGCAUAUAAAAGCAGCAUAUUAUAGUCAAUAUGGAAAACCAUUAACACAUGCAGUUCGUUCAGAUACAAGUGGACAUUAUGAAGACUUUCUUAUCCAUCUCUUAGGUACUGAUUAUUAG